GCGCUUGCAUGACUGAAAGCAAAAUGGCGUCGCUCGCGCUCGAUAUCUGAGUAUUAUUGACGCCGAGAGUUAAAACCAGAUAAAUGUUACGAAUUUGAAAACAUAUCACUCAAGAAUGAAGGUGGUCAACCUGAAGCAAGCCAUUUUACAGGCUUGGAAGGAACGCUGGAGUGACUACCAAUGGGCUAUAAAUAUCAAGAAGAACUUUCCAAAGGGAGCAACAUGGGAGUAUCUCAACCUCGCAGAGACAUUAACGGAGCAGGCGUUGAUUGGUCCAUCUCCUAACCCACUUAUUUUGUCCUACCUCAAAUACGCCAUAAGUUCACAGAUGGUGUCUUACUCAAGUGUGCUCAUGGCCAUUAGCAAGUUUGAUGAUUUUUCUCGGGAUCUGUGCGUCAAGUCUCUCCUGGAGAUCAUGGACAUGUUCUGCAAUCGCCUCACCUGUCACGGGAAGGCGGAGGAAUGCAUCGGGCUGUGUCGCGCCCUCCUCGGGGUGGCGGUGUGGCUGCUGCAGGGCUGCGCCUACUAUUGCGAGAACCUGAGGGAGCCGGGUCCGUUGAGCGCCCCUGAGGCCUGUCUGUCCGAGUGCCGCGAGAGGCUGCACAAACUCAUGAGCAGCACCAAGAACCGAGCCCUGGUGCACAUCGCCCGUCUGGAAGACCAAGGUUCCUGGAGUAAUGUCGAGCAAGCCAUUCUUAAAGUGAGCGACGGGCUCAGCUGUAUAUCGAACCCAACGCUGCGGACGCAAUUGGAGGAAAGCUUGUCGCUGGUGAAAGGCAUCCCGCAGAUGCUGUCCGUGCAGUGCGACCCGCUGCUGCACGCCUCCUUCCCGUCCAUCCACGCCUUCAUCAUGCUGGAAGGGACCAUGAAUUUAACGGGGGAGACGCAGCCCAUGGUUGAGCAAUUGAUGAUGAUCAAGAGAAUGCAGAAAGUCCCGAGUCCGUUCUUUGUUUUGGAGAUCUGGAAGGCUUGUUUCACCGGCCUUAUCGAGUCACCAGAGGGCACCGAGGAGCUCAAAUGGACCGCUUUCACCUUCCUCAAGAUUCCACAAGUUCUGCUUCGGCUGAAGAAAUACCCCCAGGGUGACAAAGGACAGGACUUCACGGAGGAUGUGAACGUCGCCUUUCAGUACCUACUCAAACUGACGCCACUGUUGGACAAAGCGGAUCAACGAUGCAACUGCGACUGCUUGGGCAUGUUGCUCCAAGAGUGCAACAAGCUCGGCCUCCUGUCCGACGCCAACACAGAAGUUCUCACAGCCAAACGCACCGAGGACAGGAAGUUCUGCCCAAAACUGAAAACGGCAGAGAAUGCAAAUAUCCAACCCAACCCGGGCCUCAUCCUCCGAGCUGAGCCCACCGUGACCAAUAUUCUCAAGACGGUGGACGCCGACCACUCCAAAUCUCCCGAGGGCCUUCUGGGUGUCCUCGGCCACAUGUUGUCGGGCAAGAGCUUGGAUCUGCUCCUGGCCGCCGCAGCAGCCACGGGGAAACUCAAGUCCUUCGCACGGAAAUUUAUCAAGCUGAAUGAGUUUCCCAAGCACAUCAGUGGCGAAGGAUCCAAGUCGGCAUCCGUUCGGGCCCUGCUCUUCGACAUCUCCUUCCUGAUGCUUUGCCACGUGGUGCAGACAUACGGCUCUGAGGUGGUCCUGUCCGACCCCAGUCCCUCAGGGGAGACGCCUUUUUUUGAGACAUGGCUGCAAACGUGUAUGCCCGAAGAAGGGAAGAUUCUGAACCCGGACCACCCGUGCUUCAGGCCCGAGCCGGGCAAAGUAGAGAGUCUGGUGACCCUGCUCAACAACUCCUCUGAGAUGAAGCUUGUUCAAGUCAAAUGGCAUGAAAUCUGCCUCAGCACCCCGGCGGCCAUUUUGGAAGUUUUGAACGCCUGGGAGAACGGCGUGCUGUCGGUGGAGGCCGUGCAGAAGAUCACUGACAACAUUAAGGGCAAAGUUUGCAGCAUGGCGAUCUGUGCCGUGGCGUGGCUGGUGGCCCACGUCAGGAUGCUGGGGCGGGACGAAAGGGAAAAGCCUCAGACCAUGAUACGGCAGCUCGUCACUCCGCUCUAUGGCGAAAACACGCUGCAGUUUUACAGCGAACGCGUGAUAAUAAUGAGCUCCAUCAUGGAGCACAUGUGUGCCGACGUCUUCCAGCAAACGGCGGCCAUGCUGCGGCCCCCCAUGGAGGGCCAGGAGCCCAUACCCUACCGCAACCUGCUGCCGGCCAAGGAGCCCAUCCGGGCCGCCCUCACCAAGCAGUUCCAAGCGGUGCUGCGCAAAGGCUGGGUGGACAGUCGAGCGCUGCACCUGUUCCAGAGUCUGCUCAACAUGGGCGGUGUCUUUUGGUUCACCAAUAAUUUGGUCAAGGAGCUGCUCAAGGAAACCCGCCAGGAGUGGGCCCAUCGAGUGGUGGAGUUGCUUUACAGCAUCUUCUGUCUGGACAGUCAGCAAAUCACCCUGACCUUGCUGGGCACCAUCGUGCCCAACCUGCUCACCGACUCUGCCCACUGGCACAGCCUGGUGGACCCGCCUGGCAAAGCUCUGGCCAAGUUGUCCGUGUGGUGCGCGCUCAGCUCCUACUCGUCCAACCAUAAAGGUUCCUCCUCGGCUCAUCAACGUAGAAGACAGCGAGAAGAUAUCGAGGAUUACAGCAACCUCUUUCCUUUGGACGACACGCAACCCUCCAAGCUCAUGCGUCUUCUCAGCUCCAACGAGGACGAGCCUGUCGCACUUUCCAGUCCAGGAGAUCGAUCUAUGAGCAGCUUCCUCUCUGCCUCCCAGCUCCACACUGUCAACAUGAGAGAGCCGCUCAACCGCGUGCUGGCCAACCUUUUCCUCCUCAUUUCCUCCAUCCUGGGCUCCAAAAUGGCCGGGCCUCACACCCAGUUUGUGCAUAGUUUCAUGGAGGAAUGCGUGGAGUGUCUGGAGCAGGGAAAUCGUGGAAGCAUCCUGCAGUUCAUGCCCUUUACAAUGGUCUCUGAGCUAGUGAAGCUUCCAGCUCUGGCCAAACCCAAAGUGGUCCUGGCUGUCACCGACUUGAGUCUGCCGCUAGGGCGGAGAGUGGCAGCCAAAGCCAUCGCUGCCUUGUGACAGUAAAACGACAAAACUACCAUUUUAGGUUCAUCCUGAAGUUGUACUCAAAAGCAGGCCGACUCAUCAAGUAUUUACAAUAUCGCCCAUUUUUGUGUUUCUAAAUGUUUGCUACUCUUUACUAACUUGUCAAGACAUAAAAAAAAAAAAAAAAAAAGAUCCUC